UAAAAUGUCGGAGCACUGGUCGCUAAGAAUAUUUCUCGUGGCAUGUGUCCUUGGUUGGUGUCAGGCUGGGGUACCUUGUUCUUUCCAAUAUCGUUGUUUAGCUCCCAGAUAUUGCUUAAGACAAGCCACCAUCAACACCUUAGCUAAGUUCACGUGCCACGAUUCCGAACUGUGCUGCGAAGUGCAGAGAGAAGUCGACGAGGACAGUGCAAGUAGCAAGGAGCAACCGGUGGCGGUAGUCAGCUCCAUCCCACAACAAACCACUUCCACUACCUCCACUCCUCCCCAGGUUGAAGACGGAACGCUUAUAAUGACUCCGCUGCAAAAGAAUGACAACCAAUUUAAGCAUUGUGGCUGGUCAAAUCCCAGAGGCCUGGACUCGAAUCUGGAGCACUCUGGAGACGAGGCAAGACCUGCGGAGUUCCCCUGGGCUAUAGCUCUUUUCCAUAAGGAUAUUUUAUUCGGCGGAGGUACCCUAGUAGCUCCCGGAGUGGUUCUUACAGCGGCUCAUGUCGUCUUGGGCAAGUCCUUGGCGGAUAUCGUGGUCAGAGCUGGAGAUUGGGACUUGGAAUCGAAUAGGGAAUCCUUUAAGAGGCAGGAGCGAACUAUAGUUCGAAUUUUACGGCAUGAGGCAUUCCAAGCAGAAACGGGAGCCAAUAACUUGGCGCUUCUUUUCCUCAACUGGCCAUUCCAGUUGGGGGAUCACAUAGGGUCCAUCUGCUUGCCUUACCUCGGAAGGUCCCGACAGAUCAAGGACCGCUGCUACUUGGCGGGCUGGGGCAAGAGAAAAUCCUCAGAUGACCACUUUUCCCCAAUUCUGAGGAAGAUUAACCUGCCCGUGGUGAACAAGAACACGUGCCAGAAUCGACUGAGGCGGACAAGUUUGGGACUAGACUACGAACUGCCCGUUGGUGUAGUCUGCGCUGGAGGUGAAAACAACAAUGAUGCCUGCAAUGUCGAUGGUGGAUCUGCCUUGGUAUGUCCCCUAAGAGGCAAUCCCAACCGCUUCGAGCAAAUUGGCAUCGUCAGCUUCGGUGUCCAGUGCGGCACGGAGAACGUCCCGGCUGUCUACACCGAUGUUUCCCAGUUCAGGGAGUGGAUAGAUUAUAAUGUAAAAAUAAUCCAGUUUGAUAUUCAGCAAAUCGGUCACUGGAAUCCAACACUGCCAGUUCUACAAAUCAAUUAA